AACAACACUAAUGAAUAUAUACGUAUAGUAUUGGUGAGAGCGAGAACGGUGAGAUGUUAACGAGCAAGAGAAGGCAAACCCAAAAUGCUAAAGGGAGAGAAGACUUCAAACGGCAGAUGCUCUACUCAGUUGGCUCGUUGACGUGUACUUGUACGGAUCUCCCCUCAUAUAAUCUCAUACUCGAUCACUUAAUACACGUUAGAUGUCACAACUAAACCUUAAAUUAUUUAUUUCUCAUACUAAGUCUUUUUUAACGCCAAACUAGUGAAUUAAUUAAAAUUGCGCAUAUUCAUUGACAUUAUUUGACAAAAGAAGUCAUUAUUAUUAGUGAUUAAAGACAUUCAUUGGAGUUUAUAGGUAAAGGAUUGGGAAGUGAUUAAAGAAGAUUGAGUGAAAAAAAAAAAAAAAUAAAAUAAAAGACAAAAGUAGAAAGAGAAAAAAAGGGUCGAGUGGCAGAGAUGUGGCAAUGGCGCUCGUGUCCGGCGAGCGAUGGAGUGGUUGCUCUAUGGCACGGGGCUUAGUUUGCACGUAGUUCGUGCCUGAAGGGAGGAAUAUCACACGAUAAAUUCACCGAGGUGGUGUUGUGUCUUGGGAGGGCCCUUCUAAGGGCCACUUCCUUUUUUUUGGAUAAAAAGUUAACAUCAAUCGGAUAAACAACUGUUUCGUUAUGAUGUUCAUUACUGUAAUUGAUAAUUGAUUGUUCAUAUUGAAGAUUGACAAGUUUGCUAUUUAGAUUUAAUAUCAUUUCUACAAAAAAAAAAAAAGAUAAAAUUCUGCAUGUGAACAAGCAUUGGAAGCGGCUGCUGAUCAGUGUGUGCGCGAGUGUGUUAUUAAUUCUUGUUUGAUGGCCACGAGGUUGAAGGACUGGCGAAGAGAGGAUGGAGACUAGACUCAGAGACUGGUGUAUUUAAGGUGUGCGAGUGAAUAAAAUAAUUCUUUUAUUUUGUGUUUAUUUUUAUGACAAAAGUUUAUGAAUAUCUGAUCUUGUGUUUCCAUCAAAAAGAUAGCAAAUAAAUGACAGAAGUACACAUGCCUAUUACUGGAAGAAUUCUCGUUGCUGGUGGUGCAGCUAGGUGUCUACACUCCGCUGCUGGCAUGCUCAGGUUCCUUGCCAGACUUUCAGGGAGACGACGACACGUGCGUCGGAGUUAUGGAGCACCUGGUAUAACUACAUCAGGAGCAUUGAUCCAUGGUCCUGAUCAAUUACCUUCAUUAUCACCACCAUUAGAGAUUCAAGAAAAAAAUCAGCUGAAACUGGACAACCCACAGCUUACUCUAGAUCCCAGAAGAGGCAGUGAUGACUCUCUAGAUGAUGUAAGGCUUCGUCAAUGUUAUCUAAUAUGUCGGAGACAAGCCCAGGAGUCUCGUCAUCAACAAGUGACAGAGUCCAAGUCUGAGGAUCGUCUCCAAAACGUUGAAAUGCCGGAAGACAGUCUUUCAAGGAUAACUGGCUUAAGAAAUUCAACGACAACAACUACCAUUACAACCACAAGACAUUCACAUCAAAGAGGUCAAGAGGAACAUCUUAGUGAUAAUUCUAGAGUGGCAAAUAGAACGUCAUCAUGUCGUCAAGAACAAUCCUCAGGGUCUACGGGAGUCGCUAGGUUUCACAGAAGACGUAGGAUACCAUCAUACCUUGCGACCUUACUCGUUCUCUCUUAUACAUUCUUUGGAAUAGCAGAUGCAUGUUCGUCGAGGUCUACGCCUAAGCCACGUCCACCAACGUCAACACCACGGCCAAGUACCGUCACAUACCAGCAAACUGUAUGUCCACCAGAUUACGCAGAAUGGUAUUGUUUAAAUGGAGCUACUUGUUUUACUGUGAAAAUACAAGAAUCUCUACUUUAUAAUUGUUUAUGUGCUCAUGGAUUUGUAGGUCAAAGGUGUGAAUUCAAGGACUUGGAUGGCUCCUACUUGCCUUUCAGACGAAGGGUAAUGCUGGAAACUGCCAGUAUUGCGGGUGGUGCCACAAUAGCAGUAUUUCUUGUCGUUAUUAUCUGUAUAGCAGCUUACAUUCAUUAUAAACGCAAGCAAAAAGAAUUACGAACGAGUACCUGCGUUGAUACAGUUGAUGGUCCUGGUCGCACUCCAGAGUUAAGGCCAUUUAGUAACCGCAAUCGGUUCCUUAAGAAUUUUAUGGCCAAGAAUUCAAAUUGUUCAUUAACAAUGUGUCCAUCAAUACAACCAACGAGAAUGCCUGGUUGGAAUGAUUAUUCACAGGUAGAACUGACGAGACUAGCAUCGAUCAACGAAGCCAAACGUUCGAGUCAGUAAUCAAUCAUUUAAGACUAUUUAUAUUGCAUAAUUAAUAUUAUAAUAUAAUUAUAUAAGUUAAAGAAAUGAUAAAAAUUAUUUGUUAAGAAAAGAAGCAAAAACUCUUCUUUCCUGUAUAAAAUUACAAGAGUGAAAGAGUAUAUUCUUUUUGUAAAAAAGAAAAACAAAAUAUCUUCUUGGUAGAAGAAUAGACUAAAAUAUUUCUACUCUUUGAGGAAAAAGAUGUAGAAAAUGGGAGAAAGAUAAGGGAGUGGAUAAAAAAAAAUUGUCGACGCAAUUUUCAAUAGCUUGCCCGUUUUUUUUUUCUCUCGACUACUGUACAUGUUCCUUUCCCAUUUUGAGUCCGUCGUUUCACGCUCAAUGAGCCUCAUAAGUGCCUUCCAAAGUGUCCGAGGAAGUUAACGAGCGAGCGCAAGAAAAUUGCCUGUGUCUCUAGGUCUCAUUUAUAAGAGCAACAAAACAUAUUUUCAAAGGUUUCCAAAAUAGUAAAAAAAUUGUAUAUUUGUAGAUAGAAAACUAAUAACUCAUGACCCUCUAUUAUA